AUGGAGUCCCAUGAAAUUGGUAGCGACACCUUCGAUUCCGCUAAUGCAUCAUCACCGCCACCAUACUUUGGUUCACCUGCCAUUGCUAUUCAGCCAGUUGUCACAAUUCACAUCUCCGAUUCACACGCUUAUUCUCCUACCGAUCCUAACAUCCCCACCACAGAGUGUCUUCCUCCCUACUCAUCCAUUAUGAAAGACUUACCUCCAUCCUACUCCGUCACAAAUUCAAUUAUCGAUCCAUUCUGGAUCUUCGAACCGCUUCAACCGCAAGAACGGUGGUCAAAACCCAAAAGUUUAUAUAUCUAUGGUUAUAUAUUUUGGCCACUUUGGAUUGCAGGUUCUUGUUACUUGUUCUCUAGUGGCUUGGAUAAUCGUUAUUGGGCAAAGAGAUGUUUAUUUAACACCGUCAUUUUUUCUUUAAUGUUUUCCUAUGUAAUUGUCAUUAUAAUCAGGUUAAGCAGAUAG